AGCCUCCUCCCAAGAUGGGUUCGUCUCCAGUUCUGAGGAAACCUUGCACGGUCCGUGCUGCCUUCGUCAUCCUGACGCUGGUCCUGCUCGCCUCUGUCGUGCUGCAGGCCAUUCUCUAUCCCUGGUUUAUGGGCACACUAUCAGACGUAAAGACCAAUGCCCAGUUGCUGAACGGUCGUGUGGACAACAUCAGCACCCUGAGUUCUGAAGUUAAGAGGAAUAGAGGCGGCGUGAAGGCAGCUGGCAUUCAGGUCCAGAUGGUGAAUGCUAGCCUGGAUCAUGUGCAUUCUCAGAUCCGGAGGCUGGAAACCGGUAUGAAGGCAGUCAAUGCACAGAUCCAGAUGUUAACAAGAAGUUGGGAGGAAGUCUACAGUUUAAAUGCCCAGCUCCCAGAAUUAAAAAGAGAUUUGGAUAAAGCCAGCGCAUUAAAUGUAAAGGUUCGAGGACUCCAGAGCAGUUUGGAGAAUAUCAGCAAGUUACUCAAACAGCAAAAUGACACUCUACAGAUGGUUUCUCAAGGCUGGAAGUACUUCAAGGAGAACUUCUAUUACUUUUCUCAUGUCCAAAAGACCUGGUACAGCGCCCAGCAGUUCUGUGUGUCCAGGAAUUCACAACUGACUUCGGUGACCUCAGAUAGUGAGCAGGAGUUUCUGUACAAGACAGCAGGCGGACUUUUCUACUGGAUCGGCCUGACCAAAGCAGGGACUGAUGGGGACUGGUACUGGGUGGAUGAGACUCCAUUCAACAAGGUCCAGAGUAUGAAGUUCUGGAUUCCAGGUGAGCCCAACAAUUUGGGGAACAAUGAACACUGUGCCAAUUUAAAGAUGUCCUCACUUCAGUCAUGGAAUGAUGCCCCCUGUGACCAUCCGUUCCUUUUCAUCUGUAAACGUCGCUAUAUUCCAUCAGAACCAUGACAGGACUGAGCCCCAAGCUGGCACUUUGAGCCUCAGUGCUUGUCCAAACUCAAGGAAGUGCCACUCGUCCUCCACACUCCAAGGUGACUUUGCACCUUAACUUUCCUUGCUUCAAAAGUGUCCCCUAUGCACCUGGAGUCCGUCUGCCUUGGCUGGAAGUUCUUCGACCCCAUAGAGGGAGCUGGAAUGGAAAGAUCUGGGGUUAAAAUGGGAGAGGAAGGUGAAGAAGAUUUAGAAAUUCAAACUGCCUCAGUAGAUGGAUCAGGACCCAUAAUUUGGGGCACCCCCUGUGGUUUUGCUUCUUCUUGGCUGAGCUAGGUAAUGUGUGUGUGUGUGUGUGUGUGUGUGUGUGUGUGUGUGUGUGUGUAUGACUAGUUAUUUUUUGAAAAAAGUAUUGUGCCUGCAAUAUGGUGACAGGACUUGAGGGAGGUCAGAGUAGAGGCAGGGAGAGCUGUUGGAAGAUAAUUGAGUCCCUUCAGAGAAGCCUCAGUUUCAUCACAUGAAAGCUGCUUCAGACACCCAAGCAAUUCUUCUACUACUGAUAGCCAGCAGCUUUCCAGUGGAUCCCCCAAAUUCCCAGUUGCUUGCUCAGAGGGCCGUGUUCUUUGGAAGACUCUGCUCUUGGGGAUCCUGUCCGUGCCUCCCUCUUCAUCGACAUCCUCUUCAUCCUCAAUAA